AUGGAACACGCAAGGCUGCCCCUGGAGCUCAUUCUACACAUCACCGAUUGUCUCCUCCCUUCCAAGACGCACGUCAUCCUUCCCCCCAGACACAUCUCAACCAAGACGCUCCUCUCACUCACGACUGUCUGCCGCGCCACCUACAAGCACGCCUCACGACUCCUCCGCCAACACUGCGUACACAUCGACACCAGCCAACGGCUCGCCACCUAUCUCCUCUGUAUGCCGCGCUUAGUCCCAACGCUCCCGCCCAUAUUGUCCCUCUCAAGCAUCACAUCACUCUACCUAGCGCCAUUCGGAGCAUCUCUCGACGACCUCCCCACCGCGGAAUGGGUACGCGAACUCUUCACCCACGUAGGCGACUCCCUCCGCCGUCUGGUCAUCCACAUGCCCUUUUCUAGCCUCGACCCCCUCGACGACCACCUCAGCGUGCGGAAGACACUACGCGAGGGCUUCGAGCGCCUUUCCAAGGUGGAAGAGUUCACGUGUCUGGGCGAGUACCCGUCGUUGAGCGUGCCCGAUGCGCACACGGACGUCUGGCGCCUGUGGCCGGAGCUGAAGCGUCUGGCGCUGUUUGGGGUACCGCUUGAUAAUCACUGGCUGUGGUGGGAUAUAGCUACGCUUCCGGAGUUGAGGCACGUGGUGUUGGCGCAGCCGCAGAGGGUGGACGUGGCGGAUAUCAAGGACGAGUAUUUUCACAAGUUGCCGAGGGGGGAUGCGAGGCUGGAGAGGAAGAUUCGGAUUGUGUUGAUGGACGUGGCGUGGACGAUGGGGGCGUUGAGGACGGGGAGGUGGAAGGAGGUUGAUCCGGGGGCGAGGAUGGAGGUGGAAACAUAUCAGGUUCCGAGGCCGUUUUAUGGUGAUGAGAGCGAGGGGGAGUUGGUGACGGAGUGGGUGAGGAGGGGGGCUUUGGAUGGGAUGCUGUGGGAGUGGAAGGGGGAUAGGGUGAGUUAG